UUUUUUUUCUGUUUUUUUUUUUUUUCCUUUUAUGAUUUGAAAAAGAGAAAAGAACGUACAGCAAGCUGGGUCAGCGAAGCGCCACCAGCGGCCCGCACGUGGACACCUCCCGGAGGAAAGAGAGUUGGAAGCAAACUUGGUCCGACUGGCCUUGAGGCCUCAACUUCGGCUGGACUCUAAGGCCUGGGAUCAUGACUCUCAUGCUGGGCAGGUGGAAGGCUUUAUCUGUCUCGGGCUGGACUUGAGCCACCACCCUUCGCCAGCGUCUCCCCCCACACCCCCACUCACACCUGGCACCGGGGCUACGCCCGGACGCCCAUCUGCGACAUGGAUAAGUACGAGGAUCUGGGCCUGGAGGCCAGUAAGUUCAUCGAAGACCUGAACAUGUACGAGGCGUCCAAGGAUGGACUCUUCCGAGUGGACAGGGGUGUAGGCAACAACCCGGAGUUUGAGGAAACACGCAGGGUGUUUGCCACGAAGAUGGCCAAAAUCCACCUCCAGCAGCAGCAACAGCUCCUGCAGGAGGAGACCCUGCCCAAGGGGAGCCGAGGCCCCCUCAAUGGUGGGGCCCGCCCGGGCCCACAGGUCCACCGGGAAGCUGGUGUGGGCAGCAAGCUGACCCUGGAUGGUGCUGCCAAGCCCCCUCUUGCUGCCCCGACAGUGGGUCCUGGGACAGCCACCACCCUCGCUGCUGGGCAGCCCUUGUACCCACCCCAGGAGCAGAGGGCCAGGCCGUACGCCCGUGUCAUGAGGCAUGGCAGCCAGGACUGUGGUUCCAGGGAGAGUCCGGAGAGUUCUGAGUCUGCUUUCCACCAGCUGGGACCCUGCCAGGAUCCUUCCUGCCUCACCCAUGGAGACUAUUAUGACAACCUCUCCUUGGCAAGCUCAAAGUGGAGUGAUGAACCAGGAGUGUCCCCCAGCAUCAGGCUGGGAGUAGGGAGUGGGUGGCCUGGCCCCCCAGGGAGUGACCCACCACUGCCCAAACCCUCCAGGGACCAUCACCUGUACCAGCUGCAGCUCUCCCCGAGCUCCAGCAGGUCAUUUGAAAGCAGCCAGGAUGGUGGUGUUGGUGGCCGCAGCAGUGAGAAGCCAGCGGGUCUUUGGACUACUGCCUCCUCUCAGCGGGUGAGCCCCGGCCUUCCUUCCCCAGGCCCGGAGAAUGGGGCCCUCCUGGGGCCCCCUCAGCCCAGGACCCCUUCCUUCUCAGCACCCCUGGCCCUGAACUGCCCCAGUCAAGGAGCUCUUCCAAGAACAAACUCAGGGGUGGGGAGUGAGGUUUCAGGCAUGAUGCCCAAACCCACUGUGGACCCUCAAUCUUGGCUCCAGGAUGGGCCCAAAUCUUACCUUCCUAGUUCUGCCCCAUCAUCCUCGCCAGCCAGCACGGACAGUUUGCAGUCGGGUGCGGCCCCUGGGCUGGGUCCCAAGCCUGGCUGCACAGACCCUGGCAUUGGUCCCAAGCUCAGCCCCACCAGCCUUGUCCAUCCAGUGAUGUCCACCCCGCCUGAGUUAUCUUGUAAAGAAGGUCCCCCUGGCUGGUCGCCUGGUGACAGCCCGGGGCCUGUGCUCCCGGAGAGCCCCAGCACCCCCAGGGUGAGGCUGCCCUGCCAGACCCUCAUCCCGGGCCCUGAGCUUGGGCCCUCAGCUGCUGAAUUGAAAUUAGAAGCCCUCACCCAACGUCUGGAGCGUGAGAUGGAUGCUCAUCCGAAGGCCGAUUACUUUGGAGCCUGUGUGAAAUGCAGCAAAGGGGUGUUUGGGGCCGGCCAGGCCUGCCAGGCCAUGGGGAACCUCUACCAUGAUGCGUGCUUCACCUGUGCGGCCUGCAGCCGGAAGCUGAGAGGAAAAGCCUUUUAUUUUGUCAACGGCAAAGUGUUCUGUGAGGAAGACUUCCUGUACUCUGGAUUCCAGCAGUCUGCUGACAGGUGUUUUCUUUGUGGGCAUCUGAUCAUGGACAUGAUCCUGCAGGCCCUGGGGAAAUCCUACCACCCUGGCUGUUUCCGCUGUGUCAUCUGUAACGAGUGUUUAGACGGUGUGCCCUUCACCGUGGACUCAGAGAACAAGAUCUACUGUGUUCGAGAUUACCACAAGGUGUUGGCCCCCAAGUGUGCAGCCUGUGGGCUUCCCAUCCUUCCACCUGAGGGCUCAGAUGAGACCAUCCGUGUUGUGUCCAUGGACAGAGACUACCAUGUGGAGUGUUACCACUGUGAGGACUGUGGUCUGGAACUCAAUGAUGAAGACGGUCACCGCUGCUACCCGCUGGAGGACCACCUGUUCUGUCACUCCUGCCAUGUCAAGAGGCUGGAGAAAGGCCCCUCGUCCACAGCCCUUCACCAGCACCACUUCUAGCCAGAGCCUCUCACAGACGGCAUGGCGCGCAUGAGAGCCAGGGUUGCCCAAUGAGAAAUCUGCCUGUUGAUUCCAGCGGCCCUGGGGUGGAACUGGGCUGGAGGGAGAAGGGGUGGGCAGGCGAGUUCCUGCACGUCCGUGUGGGACGCCUUGCCUUUAACCUGGGGGGUGAACCCUGCCUAUCUGUAUGUGUAGUUUCCAAGUGCCUUUCUCCACUGCCACACCCUCACCAGAUUACUCA